UAAAAAGCUGAGGCGCGACAUGUUGACAAUGGUGAAUCAGCGCUCCCUCCAACAAUAAAGGCCAACGCCUGUAGACUGCCCUGAAGGUAGCUAACAUUUGCAUGCCUUGGUAGAGGUCACCUAAGUUCCUACCGCAUACGUAACGUUUUACCUAGCUGACCAUGACCUCCGACCUCUUUCAAUCGAAUCUCUGCUUGGAGAGUAGCGCACAGCUGACGAAGUGUAAGCGAUCCGCAUAUCUGCUUGGAGAGGAAAGAGGAUACUAGUAUCUCGGGGUCAGAGCUGAUGGUCAGAGUUGAAAGUUCUGGGUUCACAACCAACAUGGCGGCGCUGUUCUCUAUCGGAGUGGACGUGGGCGGCACGAACACGGACGCAGUGGUUCUACAGGGGGACCAGGUGGUCAGCUGGAUCAAGCAGGUCACCACUGCGGACGUGACCACUGGCGUGGCGAGGGCCGUCAGGGCGGUGCUGGUGCAGCUCAAGGACAAGAACCUGCAAGGCACCAUCACCCGAGUGAACAUCGGCACCACCCAUUUUGUGAAUGCGCUGGUGCAGCGGAGGGAUCUGGUUUCUGUGUCUGUGGUGCGGCUCUGCGGCACGGCGUCUCGCGCACUGCCGCCCUUCUGUGACUUCCCACAGGACCUCAAGAAGGUGGUGUGUGGGUCGUACCACCUGGUGAACGGGGGUCUGCAGUUUGAUGGGCAGGAGAUCUCAUCCCUGGAGGAGGAGGAGCUGAGGACCUGCAUCAGGACCAUCUGGGAGGAGGGGGGGAGGAACGUGGUCAUCGUUGGAAUCUUCUCACCUAUUGCUCCUCAGGCGCAGGAGGAGAAAGUCGCUGAUCUGUUCCGUGCGGAGUUUCCGGAGGUCAGCUUGACUCUGUCCCACCGAGUCGGCCAGAUCGGGCUACUGGAGAGGGAGAACGCGGCUGUCCUGAACGAGUGCCUGAAACCUCUGUGCCACCGGACAGUGGAGGCGUUUAGACAGGCACUGAACGCACUGGGACUGACCUGCCCCUUCUACCUCACCCAGAACGACGGAACGUUAAUCAGUGCAGAGCAGACGUUAGAGUUCCCCGUGCGCACGUUUGCGUCCGGACCCACCAACAGCAUGAGGGGGGCAGCCUUUCUGUCAGGUGUUGAAGAUGCUGUCGUGAUUGACAUCGGAGGGACCACGUCUGACGUGGGCUGUCUCAUGGGAGGAUUUCCUCGACAGGCGUCGACCAGGGUUAAGGUUGCAGGAGUCAGCACAAACUUCCGCAUGCCCGACGUCCUGAGCAUUGGGCUGGGAGGGGGGUCCAUCAUCAGACAGACGGACGGGAAAAAUCAGUUCACAGUGCAGGUUGGUCCCACCAGUACGGGGUACGGGCUGGUUCGGGAGGGUCUGGUGUUCGGAGGCGCCACCCUCACAGCUACCGACGUGGCCGUGGCUGCCGGGCUGGCCGACCUGGGCGACCCCGGUCAUGUGACCGGUCUGGACCGGGUGCUGGUGCGGCAGGCGGUGGACAGGAUUCACCAGAUGGUCGAGGAGGCCAUCGAUCAGGUCAAGCUGAGUGGUGAGGAUCAGCCCAUUCUGCUGGUGGGGGGUGGCACCAUACUGGUGGAUGGGAAGAGAAACAUCAGCGGAGCAUCAAGUGUUCAGAAACCUCAGCAUUACCAGGUAGCUAAUGCCGUUGGGGCAGCGCUGGGCCAGGUGAGCGGGACGGUGGACCGGGUGGUGAACCUGGCACAGACGACUCGGGACCAGGCCAUCAGCAGGGCGAAGGCGGACGCUGCUCGGCAGGCAGUGGCGGCCGGCGCAGUGGACAGCUCUGUGGAGAUUGCAGAAGUGCAUGAGGUCCCCCUAGCGUACCUGCCUGGAAAUGCAACCAAGGUCACCGUGAAGGCAGUGGGGACCCUGAAGGACAGACACACCGGUGAGGGGACCGACCUUGCUGGCAUCAGCAGUUCUAGAUCUGGUACCAUGGCAACGGAGCAACAAACGGCAGAGGGAGAUGCAACAAAGGGCCAUGGAGGACCAAGUGCUGUGGAGGAGCCUGUCUGGAUCGGUUUGAGUGGGAGCUCGAACUAA